AUGAGCAAGAAGAACAAGGCUAGCCCUGAUGUUGCUAAGGAGCAUGCUAACGCUACACCGGUUGCCGGACAAGAGGCUAUCCUCCAGGCUAUUGCAGACCUGAGGAAGGAACUUCUCGACAAAGCCGAAGCCCAGUCGGUGGAGAUUAAGACCCAGGUUGACCACCUCAGGGCAGAAAUUAAGCAGGCUAAUGAUAAUGCUAACGCCAGGAUCGAGGCUCUGCACACACAGUUUGUGGAAAUGGAGGCUGCGGUCAGCGAUCAGUCAGAUAGGGUCACGGCGCUGGAAUGUGAUCUUAAGGCGGUCUUGGAGGAACUGGCUACCCAUAAAGCCCGACUGGAGGACGGGGAGGCUCGGUCCCGUCGCUUUAACCUACGUGUCUCAGGAAUCCGGGAAAGGAGGGAGGAUGGAAAGCGCCCAACCGACUUUGUUUCUCAGUGCCUGAAAGAUGCCUAUGGCCUCUCCAAGCUACCCACCCUGGACAUUGCGCACCGUACUUUACGCACGAAGCCGAGUGAAGAUAAUGGUGACCCACCGAGAGCGUUCGUCAUCAGAUGCCACUACUACCAGGAGAGGGAGGAAAUUCUGAAGAAAGCUAGACAGGCUAAGCGAGUGACUACCGCGGACGGCGAUGUUCUCCACGUCCAUCAAGAUUUUACGCAUGCCGUGGCUCAACAGCGUUCCAGAUUCAACAAGGUCCGAAAGAGGAUUCAUACCGAAGAGAAGCCGUACACCUGUGAUCAGUGUGGGACAGCUUUUACCCGACAAGGUCAUCUAAGGCGUCAUCAGCGUAUUCACACUGGAGAAAAGCCGUACAAAUGUGAUCAGUGUGGAAAAGCUUUUACCACAUCAACUAUUUUAAGGCGUCAUCAGCGUAUUCACACUGGGGAUAAGCCUUACAGAUGUGAUCAGUGUGGGGCAGCUUUUACCCAACAAGGUCAUCUAAGGAGUCAUCAGCGUAUUCACACUGGGGAUAAGCCUUACAGAUGUGAUCAGUGUGGGGCAGCUUUUACCAUGUCAGGUAGUCUAAAGUGUCAUCAGCGUAUUCACACUGGAGAAAAGCCGUACAAAUGUGAUCAGUGUGAGGCUGCUUUUACCCGACAAGAUAGUCUAAGUAGUCAUCAGCGUAUUCACACUGGGGAUAAGCCUUACAGAUGUGAUCAGUGUGGUGCAGCUUUUACCCGACAAGAUAGUCUAAGUAGUCAUCAGCGUAUUCACACUGGAGAGAAGCCUUACAAAUGUGAUCAGUGUGGGGCAGCUUUUACCGAACAAGGUCAUCUAAGGCGUCAUCAGUGUAUUCACACUGGAUUUAAGCCUUACAGAUGUGAUCAGUGUGGGGCAGCCUUUACCCGACACGAUAGUCUAAGUAGUCAUCAGCGUAUUCACACUGGAGAGAAGCCUUACAAAUGUGAUCAGUGUGGGGCAGCUUUUACCGAACAAGGUAAUCUAAGGUGUCAUCAGCGUAUUCACACUGGAGAGAGGCCUUACAAAUGUGAUCAGUGUGGGGCAGCUUUUAUCAGACAAGGUGAUCUAAGGAGUCAUCAGCGUAUUCACGCUGGGGAUAAGCCUUACAGAUGUGAUCAGUGUGGGGCAGCUUUUACUGAACAAGGUCAUCUAAGGUGUCAUCAGCGUAUUCACACUGGAGAGAAGCCUUACAAAUGUGAUCAGUGUGGGGCAGCUUUUACCAGACAAGGUAGUCUAAGGCGUCAUCAGCGUAUUCACACUGGAUGAAAAAAUUGUCUGUGAUCAGUGUGGGGAAGCUUUUACUUGAAGAGCUCUGUUAAAG